UUGACAUACCGGGGUUCUUACAAACUACCUUUGACUCAUGUUCACUAAAUCUUUUUGAAUUUGUGAAUGUGAAGAGCAUGCGUUGGAAUAUUAGAGUACAGACGUGUUGGGAAUAGAGGCUGUGUUAUUCGGAAUAGACACCUUCACAGGCUUCGAUCAGUAUGUUUAGGUCAAAUGAGUGUCCACUUGCUGGCUUCUCAAGGAUAUUGAUGGGGGACAACAACAAGGUCAAAGCCUCCAAUAGGGUUCCAAGAGGUCAGAGCAACAACAUAAGUACACUUUUUCUUAGCAAGUGUCUUGGGCUGCAGCUAAAAAGUCGAAGUUGUUCAUAUUACUACUUGUUGUACUGGGUUUAUUGUUUAUUAUAUGUUAAGAGACAUUCAAUAUAAAUAUGGAGUACCACAUCGAGACCAGAGUUUCUCUUAUUGGGUUU